AUGGUUCAGUAUUUCACUGUUUUCCUGAUUCUCUCCUUUUUCGGCGGCUCACUGGGAACAAUCACCUCACCUCAGCAACAAAACGCCUUAAAGUUAAAAGACUUAUGCCAGCCGUAAGAAAUGCAUAAAGAUAUAAAAAGGCCUAGGAGUACUGCACCGUAGAUUAGGUACACCCAGAAACCAUUUUAUUGCUCUCACGUCGUUAUGAACAUUUACUAAAAAGUACCCGUUAAAAGUGUAUGGCAGUUUAUUCAAAAGCCCCUUGCUUCAGCAUGAUCUUUCCUCGAAAACCUGAAGCCUGUCCAUUGUUAACUGUUAAUUUUCUCUGAUUACAUCUAAGUCUAUUCGAGGCGAGAGAACGCUUUUAAUAGGAUUAUUAAAAGAGGUGAAUUUGGUGCCUCGAAAACAAAGGGAGACGGCCGGCGGGUACAGACUUUGUUCAUUUUGGUGUGGAAUCAUUGUUUGCGAGGGAGCUAUGGGCGUGUAUGAACGGAAUUAUCCGUUCAUUUCCAAAAGAGAAUUAAUCUAAGGGAAAAUGACAUGCAUAAUUUCUUAGAGACAAGUUCCUAAAACUGGUAUGGAUUUUAGCGCCAAAUCUGAAAACGGGUGUACAAAAUAACUUUUUUCGUAUGAAAUAGAGUCAGGAUUUGGGGAACCAGGCGGCGCAUCCCCACCAAGAGUUCCCAGGAGUACCCCCCAAAUCGAGUUAUCUAAGAUCCCGUGUCGUCUUCGUCUCUGCUAAUAAGUCAUCUUUACUUUCAGCGAUCUAUGCUGGAUUUCCCUGGUAUUCCAGGAUCAAAUGGUGUACCGGGAGUGCCGGGCGUCCCGGGGCCACACGGACCCCAGGGAAGGGAAGGUGUAAAAGGACAAAUUGGUGAUAAAGGAUCACAAGGAAUGCCGGGUCCAAGAGGAGACAGAGGGCGCGAAGGACCCCCUGGGAGGAGUGGACCCCGAGGAAUUAAGGGAAUGAAAGGUCAACGGGGACUUCUGGGAAUGAAAGGAGAGCAAGGCAUUGCGGGAAUGAAAGGAAAACAAGGAGCAGUGGGAUUGAAAGGAGAGCGAGGCAUUGCGGGAAUGAAAGGAAGAAAAGGAGACAAAGGAAAGAAAGGAGAAAGCUUCAAAGCAAGUCAAGCAAGUGUAGUACCACAAACCAACUGGAAACAAUGUGUGUGAAAACCAAGAAGCGGUACUAAUGUCGGAAAGAUUAAGGUACAUAGAAUAAGAAUCAUAACACACUCCUGAGAAAAUUCAUUCCUUUUUGAAUUAAAAUAUUUCAAAGAAGAACGUCUCCCCUUUCACUCACCGUUUCCCAAUGCAUUACAUAAAUAACUAAUUAGUUACAUUUCCCUAUAAUUGUUCUUUUUAAACGAAAAAAAAAAAAAAAAACAUCGUGGGUGAUAACCUGAUUUCUGGCCGUAUGGAUAAGGACAACAAAAAUUGAAGCUAUUUCAGGGUUUUUAAACAUUAUAAAGUAAUCUUGACUGCAGCUGUUAGUAUCAAUCAUUACACACAGUUGCUCGCCCUAUUACAUAUAUGUUUGAUUUGUUUGAUUUUAUUCCAGGACUGUGCCUUUAACAAACUGCAGUCUGAUUCAGCGCUCAGAGUCUCAUUCCAGGGAAAUAUGAGGGUCUAUGGUGAUUUUAAGUGUAACCGAUGGUAUUUCAAGUUCAAUGGAAAUGAAUGCAGUGGACCAACGACGAUUGACGCUGCUGUUUACAACUGGUCAUCUGGGACCCCAGAUCUGAUGCAUCAUCGGUCAUUUGAGGGUUACUGUGAAAACAUCCCACAAGGCGCUGUUAGAGUGGAAUUAUGGGUAGGAAAAUGUAGUGGCUUGACCUUGGGUAGUGCUUACACUGGGGAGAAUUCAAUGUCCCGGAUAAUGAUCGAAGAAGUAUCUAGGCCACAGUCCUAA